AUGCUGAUACUCAAAUCCGCCUGCCUCCUCAUAGCACUCUUCUCCAGAGAUAAACCUACUCAUAAAGAUGACAAGAUUGUUCAGCAAAAGAAAGUUUUCCGAACAAAGGCCGAUCGGCUUCCUCUACUUACUGCAUUUCUCGCCGCAAUCAACACUGCUAUUUAUUUGUUAUUGAUCGUCUAUGGUGCCAAAAACUCCAAAUAUCGUAACAGCCACAACAGUCCGUACCUUUCUGCGGCCCUUACGCAGCUGCAAACAGUUAAGCCCUGGCAUAUCGCCGCUGCCAUUGGAGCCGUACUGGGGUAUACAUUGAGAAAAUGGUCCUAUGUGGCCUUAGACGAGUCCUUCACUAUUCAGCUGAAAGUCCGAGUAGGACAGAAGCUGAUCACCCAUGGACCCUACAGGUAUCUCCGCCAUCCGUCGUACACGGGCUUUAUCACUACUUUCUUUUGCACUUGGUUGCUACUUCUUCACGAGGGCCUCUGGGAUGUCAUGACUACUUCUGUUGUGGACCAAAUCAGGUCAUCCUGGCUGAACACGACCGCUUUUGGAGCCACUAUUUUGUCCUUAAUGUCGUCAUUGCCUGGAAUCGGAGGGAGAAUAUGCUUUAUGGGUUUAGCCACCAUUAUAUUCAAAAGCUUUUUAGACCGCAUCGUCAUUGAGGAGGAGAUGUUGAAGAGCCAUUUUGGCAGAGAAUGGGACAAUUUUGCCAGCAAACGCUGGCGCUUGGUUCCAUUCGUUUAUUAA